AUGGAGUCCAAGGAAGGAAAACUAAAGCCAUCUAAUCUUGAAGUAAAGCCAUCCAGUGCAGUGAAGGAAGGAACUAAAUUGGAGAUUAAAAUAUACUCGUUGGCCCAUGAAGUUCCUCCGUCUUCCAAUGGUAUGUCAAAGCUCAGAGUGCCGGCACAUGGAACAGGGGUUUUAGAGCUAAACAAGAACAUUAGUGAGGAGAAGAGAUCCCUUGUCAAGACCAAUGAAUCAGAAGCUGAAAAUAGUACUGAUGUUGUAGCUUUACAGUCUCCUCUGGCACCACCAUUACCAAAAUCACCUUCUGAAUCUUGGCUUGGCGAAUUUCCACUUGCGUAUUCCUUUUUCACCAUCACACAACGGGAAGAACUUUCACAUCAAGAAGGAUCAGAAGGCUUCUGCUCCUGGUACGAAGUGGGAGACCACAGCACCAAGAAGCCAUUUCAAUGUGAAAAUCAUUCGAAUAUAUUUAAAUUGACAGAGCAUACACAAACUUGAAUUUUUGAGGCAAAAGAACUUGGGGGCAAACACAAACCCCAGGCAAGAAAUUAUAAAUAAAUUGACCAGGAAAGCCAUAAACACUUAAUGAUCCAGAAAGGAAAGGAAAAAAAAAACAUCUCAAGAAAGUAUAACCUUGUCCAUUAAAUUGUCAACAAAAGCAACCGAUCAUUAAAUAAUACAACCAAUCCAAAUUUCUGAUCAACUAAGACAACCCACGUUGCAUACUAAUCUUUAUAUAGCAUCGAGCAAAUAAAUUUUCAAAAUAACUCUCAUGGUUUCUUCGGCGAGUUUUAACCCUCUGAUAUGAUCUCGAAUUAUUUGUUCUUGAAGGCUGACCUUUUGCUCCUCCAUCUCUUCCUGUUGCACAGAGACGGCUGUAGAAUUGACCAAUUAAAAAUUUCCACCUGAUCUUUUAUUUCCCUCCAUAUUGUAAUUUUAGGUAGUUGAAUUCAAUAUUCUUGAAAAUUGGAAAAGAGAUUGGAUGAGAAGAGGAAGAAGGAGGUGUUCCUUGAAGAAAUACAAUUACGGUGAAAGGGUGAUGAGAAACUCUUGGAAAUGACUACGGCAUUAACUAUAUACAGCUGCUUCACCUGAG